UAGACUGGCCAAUGUGUAUGACUCGCUGCUGCUCAACAACAACAAGGUCGCUCUAACGUCGCAGGAGAGCGACUGACAGGUUUAUGAUGGAGAAUUAAAAUGGUGAGGAAGAAAAAGCUGCUUGUCUUUGAAAUUUGUGGAAGCAUGAUGUGGGAUGGAUAAACAACAGCAGAACUCCACUAUGGCCUCUAAUGACCCCGACCUUCCUGACCCCUCUGGUGACCCCCAGCCUGGUGACCUCAUUGAGAUCUUCAGGCCGGCCUAUCAACACUGGGCUCUCUACCUGGGAGACGGCUACAUUAUCAACUUAACUCCUGUCGAUGAGAGCCAGGCAGCGGCCAUGUCCAGUGUGAAGUCUGUCUUCAGCAGGAAAGCAGUGGUGCGCAUGCAGCUGCUGAAGGAGGUGGUGGGAAGCGACACGUAUCGCGUCAACAACAAGUACGACCACAACCACACCCCUUUGCCUGUCAGUGAGAUCAUCCAACGUGCACAAGUGCUCAUUGACCAGGAGGUGUCUUACGACCUGCUGGGGAGCAACUGCGAGCACUUUGUUACCCUGCUGCGCUACGGAGAGGGGGUGUCCGAGCAGGCUACACGGGCCAUCGGCGCCAUCAGUUUAGUGACGGCAGCAGCCAGCGCCUUCUCUGUGCUAGGACUGAUCAACACACGAUCCAGAAACAGGCCCUUCUAAAGUCUGGCGUUUAUCAAUAAAAUGGGCUUGUUUCUUCAGAACAAUGUGGUUUAAUCUAAUAAAGCUUUUCUAAAAUCGAAAGCUAAUUGUUACUUCUUCAUUU